AAUGAAGAUUACACAAUGCAUAGGUACAUAUUGGAAAAACUGAAUAAAUGUAUAAUUUUAUACAUGAAUUAUAUUUCAGGGGCAUUCCUGGUGCCAUAUCUGUUGAUGUUAAUUUUCUUGGGACUGCCUUUAUUCUAUAUGGAGUUAGCUUUAGGACAGUAUCAAAAAUGUGGUGCUAUCAGCGUUUGGAACAGAAUUUGUCCAGUUUUCUCGGGUGUGGGGUACGGUAUCUGCCUGGUGUCUACGUUAGUGGGGAUGUACUACAACACUAUUAUUGCGUGGGGCGUCUUCUACAUGUUUGCUUCCUUCCGGUCCGAGGUACCCUGGGCAGGAUGCAAUAACUCGUGGAAUACAGAGAAUUGUAUGUCGCUGUCAACAAACUUUAACAAAAGCCUGAUCACCAAUUUCACACUGACAGCAUCGGAUGAAUAUUAUACGAAUGAGGUACUGGGGGUACAGGGACACAAUGGGAUAGAAGACAUUGGGGCCCCGCGGUGGCAGCUCGUUCUGUCUUUGGCUGCUGUGUUUUUCAUAGUUUACUUCAGCAUAUGGAAGGGAAUUAAGUCAUCGGGAAAGGCAGUGUGGAUCACGGCCACUGUCCCGUAUGUGGUACUGAUAAUUUUACUGAUCCGUGGUUGUACCCUACCUGGGUCAGUGGAGGGCAUCAAAUACUACAUCACACCUGUCUGGGGGAAGCUUCUGGAUGAACAGGUUUGGAUUGAUGCUGCCUCGCAAAUUUUUUUCUCAUUAGGGCCGGGCUUUGGUACUCUCCUAGCACUGGCCAGCUACAACAACUUUCACAACAACUGUUAUUUUGACGCCAUUACUGUGAGUAUCAUUAACUGUAUGACGAGUUUCUUGGCUGGCUUCGUGGUCUUUGCCGUUCUGGGUUAUAUGGCUCAAGCUCAAGGAGUAUCCAUAGAAAAUCUACCUACCAAUGGACCUGGGCUUGUUUUUGUGGUUUACCCAGAAGUCAUAGCUACACUAGAUGGCUCUGUUUUCUGGUCCAUCAUCUUUUUCCUUAUGCUGAUCACAUUGGGCUUAGAUAGCACUUUUGGUGGUUUGGAGGCUGUUAUAACGGCGAUUUGUGACGAGUACCCUUUGAUGAAGCGAAACCGGGAACUCUUCGUGCUUGGUUUGGUUCUUGUCUGCUUUCUGGGAGGGCUUCCAACUGUUACAAAUGGUGGGCAGUACGUCAUCAACUUACUGGACAAUCAUGCCGCUCCGAUUUCUCUGCUCUUUAUCUGCUUCAUUGAGGCUAUUGCCGUCAACUGGUUCUAUGGUUGCCAGAAAUUUUCGAAUGAUAUUGAAAGUAUGCUUGGCCAUCAACCAGGGAUUUUCUGGAAGAUUUGCUGGGUUGGGAUAUGUCCAAUCUGUCUCUUGAUUUUGUUUGUGUUAUCGUGUUGGAAGUAUGAGGGGCUAGAGCUGAUGGGUUAUGUCUACCCCCCGUGGGCCGUGGCCGUGGGGUGGUCCAUCACCGCGUCCUCUAUCCUCUGUAUCCCUGUCUAUGGUGUCUAUAGAUUUAUCAUCACUCCCGGUACCUUGAAACAGAAAGUCCUACGGCUGAUUCGACCCUCGGUGGUUUCGGAUCAUUUGGUGCUCAAUGGAGGCUCAUAUAACAAAGACUCGUAUUCAAUUUCUAUGAAUCAAACGAACCUAUCUAACUCAGUCACCAUGGAGAGUGCUAUUUCUCUGAAAAUGAAUGGAGAUAGUCACAAUAAACAUUAUGUUGAUUACGAUAAUUUCUUAUCACGUGACGAUCCAACAAUGUUCACGUUUAUUCAGGUCAUUCUUAUGUUCUGCAUAUGUUUCAAAAUAUCUCAAGGUUUACAAGGAGGCCGGAUUUGUCUCUCUUGCAAUGGAGUUGUCAAACCACGUGACUGUUCUACUGUUGUCGUCUGCGGAACACAUGAACUUUGUGGGCUAGAACAGGUUGUGUCGAGAGCAGGGAUUAUCACAUACAAUGUCGGUUGUCGCUCUUCUCAUGUAUGCAGUUCUCCCAGUAAGAAAUCUGUCCCGAAAGUAAGGUCCAACAUUGUCACGUGUGAGCGCUGCUGUAAUGAAACUGACCUUUGUAACAGCGAAGGUUGUGGGGCUACAGGUUUUGAUCCCGCAACCGGAAAGUAUUGCUAUUCUUGUCCACAACACAUUCACCCGGAUAAAUGUGACCAUAUCUACUUUUGUUAUGAAGACCAGGAUUGUUACAUCGGAAAAACUACUUUUAAUGUGGACAGCUUUUAUGAAUCUCGAUGUCAAAGUAAAUCACUUUGUCCGUCCACUGGGACAGGUACGUCUGCUUGCUGCAAAACCCCCCUGUGUAACACCGGGUCUCAGCUAUCGGGAGGAAGCCCGGCUUUAACAACCCCAAAACCACAUAUAAAUCAUGCAGAACCACAUUGUCCAACGCAAUGGAUUACUCAAAGAAAUUCCAACAAUGUACAAUAUAUGUACUGUUUAUAUCCAGACCAGCUUGUACCGUGGCACACAGCAAAGCUGAUAUGUAAUCGGCACAACACCCAUCUCCCGAUCAUAGAGACGGACGAAGAAAAGGCAAUCAUCGACAGAAUCGCUGCCAAUACCGAGAUAUGGCUAGAUGCAACAGACCGAGACCAAGAGGGUGUGUUCGUGUGGUCCACUACUAAAGAAACUGUUUCUAAAUACUACUGGGCCAGUAAUGAACCAGAUGACCCCAAAUAUACCGCGGAUGAAGACUGUGUGGAGAUGGGUCCGAACUACCUGAUGGGUUGGAACGAUGCCCCCUGUGACAGACAUGUUGGUGUACUGUGUGAAUAUGGUGUUACCAAGCAUGUACAACAACCAUCAGUAGCUUGUCCGACCGGAUGGAGAUCUGCAUUCAAUCUAGAAUACUGUAUCGUGAAGAAUUCUGGGAAUUGGUACCAAUCGAAAAACUACUGUAAAACUCUUGGAGCACACUUACCAAUUCUGGACAGCCAGGCCAAAAUGGAUAAACUGCGUCAAUUUGAAACCAACAUGGAGUUUUGGACGGACGGUACCGAGGAAGGGCACCAUGGACAAUGGCAGUGGAGUUCGAUAAUUCAAGCCAUUCAUAACAACAUUUGGUUACCAGGAGAACCAAACGACUACAAUGGGAUUCUGGAAGAGUGCAUGGAGACCGGAAGUAAGUAUAACUGGGAGUGGAAUGACGCCCCCUGCUCAUGGCAGAACAGAUCAACGCACGUCGUCUGCGAGAAACCAAGUCCAACGUUUAAUCAGGUCAUCGGAUAAAAUAUUGGCUGCUUGUCUUAAGAAAGUUUGAAAAUUAAAAAUUGUGAGAAGAAUUUUUAUAAAUUGAAUAAUUA